CUCCGUGUCUGCAGGAUCCACCUGAUGGCUGGGCGGGUUCCCCUGGGCGCAGACCGGGCAGCAGUGGCAGGUGAGAUGGAAACCACCUUCAUUGAGAAUCUGAGAUACGCUGCUGACCUCCUGGCCCAGGAAGACAUGAUGGGACUGGUGGAGCCUAUUAACAACCGCAUCACUGACCCUCGCUACUUUCUGAACACCCCACAGCAAGCUGCUGCCAUCCUGGAGAAGGUGGGACGGCCCAACCUGAAGCUGCAGCUGGACCUCUUUCACUGCCAGAUCAUGGAUGGGAAUUUGUCACAUAACCUGGAGACAUACUUCCCACUCAUCGGUCAUAUCCAGAUAGCACAGGUGCCAGGGCGGCAUGAGCCCGACAGCCCUGGGGAGUUGAACUUCCCCUAUAUCUUCAAGUUCCUGGAGUCCCUCGGCUACACUGGCUACGUGGGGUGCGAGUAUGCUCCGAAAGGGGACACCCUGGAAGGUCUGGGCUGGCUGCGCUCAUACUGGGAGAGCCGAGGCCUGCAGCACGGUGGGACUAGCAAGGCAGCAGAGUAAAACAAGGGAAAAAACUGGAAUAAAAGUCAAAGCAAUG